GAAGAGGAAGUGCGAUCUUGACAACGAAGCAACUGUUUCUUUCUUGAAUGCUCCUCCGGUGUCAGUCUACGUGAACUCCUGCGGUCAUCGCUGUCUGUUUUAUGAGUGUGUGUGUGUGUGUGUGUGUGUGAGAUCAGAGUACACACACAUAGUGAGAGAGGAGGAGGUCACUUUCAGAGCCAUAAACCUCCCCAGUGACCAGCGUUUCAUCUCGAGUGGCGACGUGUACAGGAACUGUGCGAUGAGCUGCCCAUAGACAGCCAGCUCACAGUCGUUAAAAUACAGCAGGCCAUUCGCUUCUUUCUGUUUACUUAAUUUAUGAAUUUUUACCAAGGGUCUGUUCAAACGGACAGUAUGUCUGCAUGUGUUUGUGAAGUUGAAACCAUGACUAACCGGAGAAGAUCUCGGACUGGUCGCCUGUGGGCCUCAUGUUUGGCAGUAUUUGUGUUUGUGGUGCUGGCCGAGAAUGUAAACGCCAGGCCGGCGAAUAUGUCAGCAUUGAAAGACAAACAUCCCAGCAGUAAAGAGGAAAACGAGAUCCUUCCACCCGACCAUCUGAACGGUGUGAAGAUGGAGAUGGAUGGUCACCUCAAUAAAGACUUUCAUCAGGAGGUGUUUCUGGGGAAGGAGAUGGAAGAGUUUGAGGAAGACUCAGAACCCAGAAGGAACAGGAAGAAACUUAUUGAAAUCUUCACCAAGGUGGAUAUCAAUAAAGACAGGAGUGUCAGUGCUAAAGAAAUGCAGCGCUGGAUCAUGGAGAAGACGGAGGAACAUUUUCAGGAAGCUGUUAGAGAGAAUAAGCUCAGUUUUAAUGCUGUGGACCCUGAUGGGGAUGGACAUGUUACUUGGGAUGAAUACCGUGUGAAGUUUUUGGCAAGCAAAGGUUUCGAUGAGAAAGAAGUAGCUGAGAAGAUAAAGAACAAUGAAGAACUAAAAGUUGAUGAAGAAACCCAGGAGGUUCUUGAGAGCUUGAAAGAUCGCUGGUUCCAAGCAGAUAACCCUCCAGCUGACCAGCUGUUGAAUGAAGAUGAGUUCCUCUCUUUCCUACAUCCUGAGCAUAGCAGAGGCAUGCUCAGAUACAUGGUGAAGGAGAUUGUCCGAGAUCUUGAUCAAGAUGGAGAUGGAAAGUUGACUCUUGCUGAAUUUAUCUCCCUCCCCAUGGGAACUGUGGAGAAUCAGCAGGCCCAAGACAUCGAUGAUGACUGGGUUCGUGAAAGAAAGAAGGAAUUUGAAGAGGUCAUUGAUGCUAACCAUGAUACGAUUGUAACCAUGGAAGAGUUGGAGGAGUACAUGGACCCCAUGAAUGAGUACAAUGCCUUGAACGAAGCCAAGCAGAUGAUUGCUGUGGCAGAUGAGAACCAAAACCAUAACCUGGAGCUAGAGGAGAUCCUUAAAUACAGCGAGUACUUUACUGGCAGCAAACUCAUGGACUAUGCCCGCAAUGUACACGAGGAGUUCUAAUCUCCUCAAAUCUGUAAAAAAUAAAAAUAGUAAUAUAUUUGUAUAUAUUCCUUAAGGCUACACUGAGGGCUAUACAAAGUGUUGCAAAAAUGAUGUUGCUCUUUGCUUGCCUCCCAGAUUGGGAUCAACGAGUGCGUUUGAACUUGCGUUUGUAACUUUACAAACCUGCAACCAGUUGCAGUACAAAGGCAUAUAACAUUGGGAGUCUGCUUUCGUGAUGUCACAGGUGUGCUGCUCAAAGGUGUGAUUCCCGAAUUACAAAUGAGCUUACCCCAUACAUUCCCCUGAAAUUAAGUUGAGACACUUUGUCGCUUUCAUUCAUUGUUGAGUGUUUAUAAUUUAGAGUAAUGUAUGUAAAUGAGAAAUUUGAUCAGGGAAAAGAGUGUUGUCCACAGAGGUGGAAUUGAAUUAAAAAUGUAUUAAUGUAUAUAAUAUAGGAGUGCCAUAAUAUGUACAGUAUAUGUUUUGACAUUUUGGGUGGAUUGGGUGUUAAGACUGAGCUUUAACAGGGUUUGUAUAUUUAGCUUUCUAAGCUGCAACCCCUGUUAUUUCUAAAGAUGAAGAAAAAUUAUUAAGGGUUUUCACAACCCCAAAUUUAAUCAUUUUGUGAAAACUGUUAAUUAUAUAGCACUUCUUUUAGGAACUCAUAAUUCAAUGCAAAGCAGUUAAAGUUUCAAAUGCCUAGUAAAGAAAUCAUAUUUUUUGACAAGAGUAUAGAAAAAGCUGUCUAGAUGUGAUUUAUUGGAUUAUUUGCACUCUAGCUUUUUUGUUAGGAACCCCAUUUUUGUCAGUUUGGUGAAUUCAUAAUUGCAUAUGGCCUGAAUAUUAUUUUAUGACUGCAAGCGAAAAUUCAAAUCAUCCUGUUACCUCAGGAAACUAUUUUCAGUCACCCCCUGCCUAUUUGGAUUAUUAAGGGCUAAGGCUUCUUUUUCAUUCUUUUGCUUUUAGAUUUAUUCCCAUAGAGUACUUUUUGGCUGUUAAAACAAUAGCUCCUAAGGUGUUUACAAUCAUCUAUGAGCACUGACUGACCUUAAAUUGCCCUCAUCCUGUGGAAAUUCAAGUGACUUGCUUGAAGUUUUUUUUUUUGGGGGGGGGGGCACUUGUUUUUGGACCGCUGAAAAAUGUUAAGCUUUAAAAUGCAUCAUAUUGUUUUUCAUACCAUUAUUAUUAGAUAUUUUAAUACACCAAUCAAGCAAUGGAUGAAAUAUACCUCUAAAUUUGACCCUUCUGAUACCAUUAAGUCAGGAACAGAAGUUUUUACCAAAUUUGAAAAAAAAUUCUGGACUACAUUAUACUAUAAAACCAGUGUUGCAAGAUGGAGUUAAGACAUUUCCUUUUAUGUCAGGAUCAUGUCCACAUAAACAAUUAAGUUGUUCAUUUAUUUGGAAGGAGGUCUGUAGAAAAUCUCAGAGAAAAAAAAAAUUGUGACAUUGUUUCAUUCUGCUUUCUAAAGUCUACAAAUAAAAUUUAAUGAAAUGGAAAAUUAAAA